AUGCAGCAGAUGCAGCAAAUCCCGAGAAAGAAGCUACAGGCGAGGCUAGGCCACUGGUGGCAACGCCACCGGCCGUUUCACGCGGGAAAGCAGCAGCCGCUGGAGCCACGUCAGCAACAGCGUGUGCCACGUCAGGAGGCGCCACAUGAGGAUUUGGGCGGUGAGAGUUGGGAUUCUAGAGGGGAAGGCAGCGGAGGAAAGGUGAGGAUUAUGAAAAGUUUAUCAGAGCAAUACCCGGGACAGGAGAGAUUUAUAGCAGGGCAGGAGACGCGUGUACGGGGGAUUCAGGAAAGGGAGGUGGCGGGAUCUCAGGAGGAGCAAGGCCUUUUACACGUGGAGAAGACAGGAGUUGAAGAGAAGGGAGUUCGGGUUUCUGGCAGAACUGGAGCAGCUAGUAGCGAGGAUAUGGAAGGGGCGGUGUGUUUGGACGGUGGUUUGGCAGUUGGGGUGAAGGGGCGUGUGGAGGAGCAGGAACAGCAGGAGCAGAAGGAGAACGAGAAGAAGGAGCAGGAGCAGGAGGAAGGGGAGGAGGAGGGGGAGGAGCCGAACAAGGGGGGGCCGCAGGGGGGAGGAGAUGGCAAGGAGCAACAGGUAAUUCGAGAGGGAAGGGAGAAGGGGAGAAUUCAGGGGCAGGGAAGUGAACAGGAACGCGGGAAGCAGCAGCAAAGGGAGCAGCACGGGCAGCAGCAGCAAGGGGAGCAGCAGGAGCAAGGGCUGAAGGAGGUGCUAUUUGAGUGGACGCCGCAUGAAAGUGAGUCGCUGGAACAGCAGAUAGUGCAGCAGCAGAGUUUACGGCAGCAGAGUGGGAAACCCAUGAAGCUAGGAAUAGGGACCACCUCAGAGGAGCUGCAGCAGGUGCUGCAGCAGAGUACGCAGCAAUCGACGCUGGCAAUCGGAACCACCUCAGAGCAGCAGCUGGGUGGGCAGCAGGCGAGUGGGCAGCAGGCGAGUGGGCAGCAGAAUUCGCAGCAGCAGAGUGGGCAGCCCAUGAAGCUAGCGAUCGGGACCACCUCAGAGCAACAACAGGUGCUGCAGCAGCUGCUCGUUCAGUGGCAAGCGGGGCAGCUUCAAGGGGGGACGCCGCAACCCAAUGACCAGCUGCCACGUGGCACUGGCGCUACCAAUACCACUGACACAACCAGCACAAGCACCACGAGUUAUCCCCCCACCACUGCUGAAGCUCCUUCUGCUCCUGCUUCUACCACUCCUGCUGCUGCUGCUGCUGCUGCUGCUGCUGCUGCUGCUGCUGCUGCUGCUGCUCCGUCUGCCCCUGCUGCAGCUCCCGCUGCUGCUCCUGCUGCUGCUGUUGGUGUUGCUUCGUCCUCCUCCCUUUCUCGUAGGAGUUUCACCCGCCCUCCUGCCUCCGUGUCACCCCCGAAUUCCCGCUCCAGCCGCCGAAACUCCUUCACAUACCCUCGCAGCCACAGUACCCCCUCCGCCUGUUCUCCUCAUACCAUUCCGCACUCCUCUCAUCACUCCUCUCAUCACUCCUCUCGUCACUCCUCUCCCCACUCCUCUCAUCACUCCUCUCGUCACUCCUCUCGUCACUCCUCUCCUCACGCCUCUCCCCACUCCUACUCUCCUCACUCUCUCCCUCCGCUGCACCCCCGCCGAUCCUCCUCCCCACGCGCUCCCCCGUCCCUCCCCUCCACCUCCUCCUCCUCCUCCUCCUCCUCCCCGUCCCCCUCCUCCUCUCCUGCCGUCUCCCCCUCUGCCGCCCUCCACCCGUCCCGCCAUCCUAACCGCUUUCCACCACACCUCCAGGGAAAUAACCAGCCAAUCGCUCAGCAGAAUCAGUCUCAGCAAGAGAUCGGUCACAGCCAGUCAAGGAGACAGCACGAGCAGCACUCAGGGCCCAACCAGACAAGAAGGCAGAAUCACGAAACCAGGCAGAAUGAAAGCAGCCGUGAAGGCAGCAGCAGAAACUCUCCUGUCACCCCCUCCGGCCCGUCCCUAGCUCGCCCGCCUCGCUGGUGCAGCCCUAGCGGAGGCACCAGCAGCAACAGCAGAGGGGGAGGAGUGGGGGGGAGGAUGGGGAGGGGACGGCAAGGGCACAGGAGGGCUGCCUCUGCUGAUAGUUUCAGUUUCAAUCCUGAUGAGAUGGCUGAUGGCGGCAUGCAUAGCCCUUUCUCCUCCGCUGCUGCUUUGCGCUUGCAAAACCCUCCUCCAAACCCUCCUCUGCAGAAUCUUCCUCUGCAGAACCUCUCUUCUCAGAGCCUUCCUUUGCAGAGUCUUCCCUCUCAGAAUCUUGCUUCUCAAGCACUCCCCUUGCAGCAGCAAGCGGUGCUGCCGGUGCAGCAGCGCAUGCCACAUGCCGAAACGACUGCUGCUGGAGGAAACAACCUCUUACAGAGGAGAAAUGAUAUCCCUUCCUUUAAAGACAACAACCUUCUUUCUCCUAACAGCAGCAGCAGCAGCAACAACCUCCUUUCCCCUCGUAACCGCCUCCUUUCGCCAAUUAGCCGCCCCCAUUUCGCUAAUAACCGCCUCGUUUCCUCUAGUAACAGCCUCCUUUCGCCAAAUAACCGACUCCUGUCUCCCUCUGGCAGCCACCCCUUCGCCCCUACCUCUCCCCUCUCGCCAAUGCCGGGUUUCUCGCCGGCUUUUUCGCCUGCCCGGAGGUCUAUUCAGCUGCCCAGGUCCCCUUCUGCUGGCUCUGCCCUUGUAGCGGAGGCUUUAGCAGAGAUUAUAGAGGAUGAGGAGUCGGAUAGUAGUAGCUCGUCUGAAGGGGAGGAGGUGGGGGAGGAGGUGGAUGAGGAGGAGGAGGAGGAGGGUUGGGGAGAGGAGGGAGAGUGGAGUGAUGGGGAGUGGGAGUGUGGGUGCCGAGACGAUCAGAGGCAGGAGAACGAAGAGAAAGAGGAGGGUGUGGAGGGAGAAGAGGGUGGAGAGGGGAAGGGGAGGAAGGAGAGUGAGGGAGGAGAGAUGAGAGGGAGGAGGGCGGCAGAAGGGUUGGAAACAGAGAGCAGAGGCACAAGGAGUGGUGGGAGUGGGGCUGUAUGCUCAAGAUUGGGAGAGAGGAAGGAAGAUGGAGAGGAGGAGGAAAAGGAGGAGGAAGAGGAAGAGGAGGAAGAGGAGGAGGAGGAAGAGGAAGAGGAGGAGGUGGAUAACGAGUUGUUGCUGUCUGCUGUGGAAAAAGCGCAUUGGGACAUGAAGAAGGAUCGGUCCCCAACAGGUCAGACAGUGUUCACCAACCUCCUCAGUUCUCUCCUAGACCUCACAGAAUCCUCCAUUGGAUUCAUCGCCUCGCUCUGCCUCGUACCCAAAGGUUCCCCACUCGCUCGCACUCUUCCCCACCUCAUGCCUGACACCGGACCCACACUACCCACACUGGCUAUCAACCAACCUCAAAGCCCCACACUCGCACUUAACCCACCUCCAAACCCAUCCGGAAGCCCUAUACUGGCACUUAACCAGUCUCAGAACCCACCUCACAACUCACCCCACAACCCACCGCAAGGCUUCACGCUCGCACUUAGAUCCCACGCCAUCAACAACGUAGGCUGGACGGAUCAGCUGCACGGAACCUUCCUGGACGCUUCGACUUCUACCGGACUUCUGCUCUCCCCCCUGGACCCCGCCGGCCUCUUUGGCCGGGCGGCUGUGAGAGGGGAG